AGCUUAAAACAUAUAAAGAAUUUGGAUUUUUUUUGGGAAAUUAUAUAAGAAAAAUAAUCGCUGUUAAUGUGUUUCUUCAAGGAACGAACGCAUUAAAAUUUUAUUUUUUGUUGUUUGCAUGUAAAGAAUGUCUCAUGAUACAAACAAAAAAAUGUUGGAUCGUGAAGCUGUACGUUCUGUUAUACAACAAUGGAAUGCAAAUCGUUUAGAUUUGUUUGCCCUUUCCGAACCAGAUGAGAAUUUACUUUUCCACGGUGUGAUGCGUUUUUAUUUUCAAGAUGCUGGUCAAAAGGUUGCUACCAAGUGUAUACGUGUUGCAUCAGAUGCUACUGUUACAGAUGUAAUUGAAACUCUUAUUGAAAAAUUCCGUCCCGACAUGCGUAUGUUGUCCGUACCCAAUUAUGCCCUCUAUGAAGUUCAUGCUAAUGGCGAAGAAAGACGCUUAAAUCCAGAUGAAAAACCUCUACUGGUACAAUUAAAUUGGCACAUAGAUGACAGAGAAGGCAGAUUUCUAUUAAAAAAUAUUGAUCAAAAAACUACCCCCAUCGAACAGACCGACAUUAAUUUCAAAAGAAAACUCUCCAAACGUGAGAAAAAAGAACAGAAAAAGAAGGACAAACUGGCCAAGCUAAAUACAGAUGGCACCAAUACCACCAUUAACAGUCAUACCAACGGUCUGAAUGGUUCGAAUGGCACCGAGUCAGAAACCCAAGUAGCGGGUAAAUUAUAUACCGAACUACCAGAGACCUCCUUUACACGUUCCAUUUCAAACCCGGAGGCAGUAAUGAGACGCCGCCGUCAACAGAAGUUGGAAAAGAAAUUACAACAGUUUCGUUCACGAGAUGGUGGACCCGAUACGGGUGGUACACUAAAGAUUUACGGUGAAAGUUUAUGUCAAGAUGUGCCUUAUAAAACGUUACUGCUGUCGAUACGUGAUUGUGCUCAGGCGGUGGUUAGGGAAAUGUUAACGAAAUACGGUUUGGAAAAAGCCGAUCCAAUGCAUUAUUGUUUAGUACAGGUUAAUAGCGAUGGCUCUGAAUAUAUCUUAGAUGAUGAUGAAUGUCCUUUGUCAAUUUUAAUGAAUCAUCCAACAUCAAGGGGUAAGUUGAGAUUUUAUUUGUUUUUUUUUUAGUUUAGAGCAAGUUCGAAUUUAAAAAUUUUGAUCAG